AUGACACCCAGUGAUACCGGAGAAACUACAGAAAAGGGACCGCUUGGAUUUGAACGGCAAGCAGGACUAUUAAUCGCAUCCAGCAGUGAUCAAACGGUGCACCAAAAGCCCGACCAGAAGCUGAUCAUAACAAAUCCACGAGUUCGACGAUACCACAGCACGGAAGCCUUUAGGAACGCAAUGGAGGAAAAGGCAAAAGAUGACACGCACACCGCAGAAAUAAACGAGAUUAAACGCAAACGGCGCAGUCUUCCCUUCCGACCGUUUCUCUGGAGAAAAAGAGAAAAGUCAGAGAACGAGCCACUCGAGCGUCCUAACAAGCGGAGUGCGUCAAAAUGCAAACCCCUACAACGCUUCGUUAACAAAAAACGGAUUUCGUUGCCACCGGUUUUGAAAAUGAAUUUUGGACCCGACAAGGCGGACGGAGGAGACAAGGUUGUCAAGGCCAACCCCCAAUUCCCGCAGUCUGCGGUUCACCUCCUCAACAAGGAACAGACCAGUACAGACGGCCAGUACUCCCGAUACGUUCACAUUCAACGUCAAGACGAAAACAUGCCAUUUGGCAUUUUCGUAAAGAAGGGAACACAUGGUUUUGUCGUCACCCGUGUUCCGGAAACAUGUCCACUCCGACUUGGUGAUGAAAUCGUGGAGAUCAAUGGAAGUCAAUGCCCGGACAUGUCGUUGAGCUGGUUGGUCUGCCACCUCCAAUCCUGCACCAGCAUCCACGCCCGAGUGCUUUCCGCGAAGACGACUAAUGAUCAAAUACAGUGA